GGUGCCUAUAUUCCAUUCAUUAACUCUCUGGGGUUUCUCUUUUUUUCUUUUUUGGUUGCUCCUUAACCAAAGACCUCUGUUACCAGCUAAGCGUCGAAGAAGAGACGAAAAAGGUAUUACGCCCCUCCUCUCCCCUACUUCCUUGAAUGCAGUCUGGAAGUAUUUCUGCCGGCAGUAAUGUGGCCGCGGCCCCUACGGAGUCUCCACCUGCCGAGAUCGUCCUCACCGCCGAUCAGCAGGAUGAGAUCAAGGAUGCCUUCGACCUCUUUGAUACCGACGGCAGCGGCACGAUCGACGCGAAGGAGCUCAAAGUGGCGAUGCGCGCGCUCGGCUUCGAACCGAGAAAGGAGGAGCUCCAGCAACUUCUUUCAGAUUUCAUCCCGCAUAAAAAGACCGCGUCGGGGCGGCAUGACGACGACGAUCUCAACCUCGAUGUGAUCACCUACCCGCAAUUUGUGCAUAUCAUGUCGAAGAAGAUGACGGAGCGGGAUCCUCGCGAGGAGAUGAUCAAGGCGUUUCGCAUGUUUGACGACGACGAGACCGGGAAGAUCACGUUUAAGAACCUCAAGCGGGUGGCGAUGGAGCUUGGGGAGAAUAUGACGGACGCGGAGCUGCAGGAGAUGAUUGACGAGGCCGACCGCAACGGCGACGGCGAGGUCGACGAGGAUGAGUUCCUUCGGCUUAUGAAGAAGACCUCCCUGUACUAAACCGCUAGGAGAAGAAAGGAGAUGCAGGGAAAGGGGCUGUGAGGGAUGCUUGUCGAAGCAUACAGUAUUUCUCUAUGUAUUUACGUGGUGGAGGGCUCAUCUCCUACGAGUCCAGAAAUCAACAAAAA